CCGCUCUCCAGGUUCCAUGCCCGCUGGCUGUGCCCACUGGCCUUGGUUCGCAACAUUGAACGACACCAACCCUCGCUGCACCACUAUCGGGAGCCUGGUUGCGCAACCCGGCCUCGCACAUCGCCAUACAAUUGGGUCUUGCUAGGCUGCCCUCUCCCAACAGCCCCAACAGCUCCUUCGUUCGCGUGCUUUCGACGGCUGAUAUGCCGAAUCAGGACGCACCUGCCACCUGGUAGCCAGCACACAGCACGCCCUCAUUCCACCUACAGCAAAAGGCCCGCCGCCCAGCGGAACCCGGCGCAGUGACACAACAGCACGCAUCGCACAGCGCCAGCGCAGGGCACCAAGGCCUGACGCCGUGCGACGACUGCCCGGUACUGGCCCCCCGACCGACCCGCAAACCCCGUUCCGCCCAGCGUCGUCUCCUGGGUCCCGUCGCGCAAAGUCGGAGCCCUGCGCCGUUCCCACUACCUGUCCGUCCAUCGCGACGUCGACUUCGACGGUCGCCCCGGUCGUUGCGACAUCACGCGAUCCGAUUCCGUGCCGGCCACUGUUACCAUGGGCGCUCCGGAACAGGCUGCCGCGUCUCGCGGGGUCGCAGGCGAGCCGCUCGCCUUCCUCAACCUACCACGAGAGGUCCAAAAGGCCAUCAUCGCACAGUGUUCGCAAAGCGACCUCAUCUGCCUCUCCCUCGUUUCCAGACACUUCCGCGAUCUGGCUGCCGCCCAGCUGUACCGCAACUUUCACAUCGUCUUCCCCGAUGAGGAUGAUCCCGCCUACGAUUCGCCCAUAGACGGCCUCGCGGGCGGUCUCGACACCUUUGUCACAAGCGACUACGACUAUGCGAGGCACCUUCGCGACAUGUCCCUUGACACUCUGAGCGCCGGGGACAAGGCUGAGACCGCCUACAAGCCCUAUCUCUUCAACGUCAGCUGCGGCAAGUUCAUGAACACGCUUCUGCUGCUGACGCUACGCAAGUCAAAGUCUCUGGAGGCCUUCAGGUGGAACAUCAGGGUUGAGCUCAGCCGUCCAGUCUACCGGGCCCUUCAUGCCAUCGAGACGCUCAAAGACGUCCAUAUCCGGUUCCAGGUCGGCCCCUCCAUGUACGAAACGCCGCCGCCGCUCCCGUACGCAACAUCACCCGACAGCAGCCCGACGCAGUCUCAUGCGCACCUGCCCGACAUGGGCACGAGUGCGGGUUCUCAGAUGCCAGCUUUUGAUGUGCAGCCGCCUCCGCAGAUUCUGUACGACGGGAUUUCUCUCGUGCCCGUUGCGGUGGUGCCCGGGUCUGGACCGCCGCCGUUGGCGCCCAAGUCGCCCUCGAGAACCAAGACAAAAAGAUCGGCAUUGUCCAAGGAGCCCCCGACUCUGUCUGGCUUCAAAAGGCUCAGAAGCCUGGCGGUGUUGGAUAUGGACACCCUAGACGUGGUCUCGGAGAUCCGCACCUGCAUACGAAACUCAUCCUCCACACUGACCACACUCAAGCUGUCCUUUUCGGACCAACUAGCAUCACAGGCCAGGAAACCUCCGCCAGAAGCCGAACUGGACGACUCGGACCCGGACGACGAGUUUCAAGUCGUGCCUGGGCCCCCGCACCCCACCCCGUACGUCGACGGCAACCUGAGCAUGCCCGCGAGAGCCUACCGAGCUGCCGAGGAACGCAAGUGCCAAGAGGCCGUUCUUGGGAGGAUUUUCGAUGUCGAGGCCAUGCUUGCCAAGAAGCCUCCAAGGAGAGCCUCUUCCAAAGAUCAGGAUAAGAAAAAAGAGGCAGGCGAGACCAAGGAACCCCAGGGGCAGCCUGCCACCCAGGACCACGCCAAGGAACUCUUCACCAAGAUUUCCGAAGUUUCGAGCAAGCUCAACGACCUCAGGUUGGGAGAGGCUGGUGCGCCCCCGGACGCAGGUGCCAAGCAGCGGGAAAUUCUGGACUUGAUAGUGGCAGCAACCAGGAGAUAUGUUGCUUCUGUGGAGGGAAAGCCCAGUAUCGAGGGCGAGAGUCUUGCCCUCAGCGCCGCGAGCUCCUCUGGAGGCGGAGUGGCCCAGGAUCAGACCUUGGUCGGCUCCUCGUCGACCGCCGAAAGCAGCUCAUCCAAGAAGACCAUCGCAGCGCCCGAAACCAGCACCUCUGGCACUUCAUCUACCACCGCGGCCCGCACCACAUGCAGCACCAAGGGCGAAAAUCCUAAACCCGAGGAUGUCAGUAUCGAGGAGCCGGAGGAGCAGCUCGUUCUCGACGCCCCAGACGGUCCAAACACUUCCAUCCCCACGGAGACACCAGACCCAGACUGCGAAAUAUCGAAGACGGCCAGAUCUGCAGGUGCUCCCCAACAGUCGGAGCAGAGCUCAAGCGGCAGGGUCGCGGCAGAGGCGCAUAAGGAGACUGGCGCAUCGCACGCGGGACUGCAGAACGCCGGCGAGAAUGGUAUCGCCAUGACAGAAAAAGGAGCCCCCGUCGCUGUGCCGUCGGGCCAGGUGACCGUGAACUCACCAAGUGAUGGGCGCAUGCGUGAAUACAUUCGGGCGACUCGGGGAAUCGGGCUCGAAUCACUCAACGUCUACCUUGUCCCAGUCAAGGCGUCGGUGCUCAGCAAGGCCAUCGACUUGCGAGCGCUGCGAAACAUCACACUACUGAACGUGGGCCCGCAGCAACCGAUAUGGGCUCUCUUCGCCAAGGAGAACAAGGUGCAGUCGCUGCCUCUGCGUAACAUCUUCACCGACAACGUCUCGUCUGCGCUUCUCAACUUCGUUUCGCAGCUCCAGGAGCUCCGCGAGUUUAUGAUCCUGGAGAGAGAUCACAAGUACAAGCCCGAGAGCUUUGCAGCCAAGACGACCACCACCAUCGAGCAGAUUCGGAAGCUGGUCCUAAAGAAGCAUAUCUCAACGCUGAGGCGGCUGAUGAUCAAGAACAUGGACAGCAUGGACUGGGAUAUAGAUGAGCAGACCACCAGGCUCAUCUGCCGAAAAGGGAAGGUGCUGGAGGAGCUGGCGAUAAGCAUGAACAUCCGGGCGAUUCACGUGUUCAUGCAAAAUAUGGCUGGCCUAGCAAAUCUACAUGCACUGCAUGUGAUUCACCUUCGCAACGAAGACACGUGCGUAUGGGUGAUGCGCGAGACCAAGAAGUUCCUUAUCGACAACCUGUCUCACCACCAGCACAUGAAGCUCGAGUGGAUCUCGAUCGACGACGACGAUCGGUUAGAGAAGAUUGUCCGUAUUUCGGACGAACCCAAAAAGGGAAGGAAGAGCAAGGGGAAGGGUAAAGAGAAAGUCGGCGGGAGUGUCCCCAUCUUUGGCAGCCACGGACACGUGCCCGGCUUCAACUCGCACUACGACGACCCCUUCCCGCUCCUGGCCGCGGAUGACUGGGGAGAUGGGGGCAGCGCCAACUGCAGCGACGACGACAGCGACGACUUUGACGAAGAUCAUGAUGGCACGAGGCGGCCCAGGAUCAGGUUGGAGACCAUUGAGGGCGUUCACUUCUACGACGUUUGGGGAGUAAGGAUCUUUGAGAAGGAGGUGGUGACGGGUAGACUCUGAAUCAGAUCAGAGGUCACCACAGCACCCUUCCCUCCUUUUCUUCCGACCCGAGACAAAGCUGGCGAGCUAAGUGGAAAGCGUUCUGAGCUCGAGAGGAGAUGCUCGUCACUCCCGAUAGUCCUCUCUGUUUACUGUCUCGGCCAUUGGCGCUAUUGCGGUUGGCGACGGAGCUCAUUUGAACGACCCCAACACCCUCGUUGCUUCCUCAUCAAGAGAGAACCGCACUGGAGCGGCCUCAUGUCUUAUAUUACCACUUACUACUCAUCUUCCUUUUCUCCGAUGUCAUUGAUUUUUCCGUUAUUAUCUCCCACUCUCUCUCAUCUACCGCUUUUUUUCUUGUCCCUUUCUCGGUUCAUGUUUAGGACCAGAACCAGAAAUCCGGGCUCUACCA